GCGAAUGGUUGGAUCCGUCGAUGAGACGGUUGAGAUACCAGAAAAUCAACAAUGCGAUGGUGCACGACGACCCGCCGUUUGAACGCCCCGUCCCACGCUGCCCCCACCUCGUGAGCCCUGAAGAAAAGGCAGUUGGAGCACCGAUAGAAUAGCGCCGGCAUUUGUCGAUUUGAAUCCAAUGGCAGACGGCAACGACGACGCAUCGGUGGUGUACGAGACGCUUGUGGAUCUACCCGCGGCAACGUUUCCGACGGAUCCUCAAGAAAUCUACCGCGUCCAGCUACACGCGCCGCAUGACCGGUACGUCUUCAAGCUCUGGCUCGAGUCGACGCGAUCGAAAGAGCAGUGGACAACGCGUGUGACGGACCUCCGCGAGCACGCGCCGGACGCCGUCAUGCUCCCGCUGUCCAUCGUCCUGAGUUGCCUCGAGCGGAGUCUAGUCGAACAGGCGCACGUGGAUGUAUUGCCUCGGAGCGAUGGGUCGUUGAGCUUGAAGCUGACGAUCGAGGUCGAAUUUGCGGCCCCGAUCGUCUACGUCUUUGACAUGCCCACGGUGGGUGUCGACCUCGUUCACAUCCUUGAGGCCAAGAUGCGCGACUGCGACGCUGCGAUCGGAGCCCUCUCAAGCAGCUCCAAGUCAAAGGACGUGGUCAUCGCCAAGCUCUUUGGUAUGCUCGAGUCGGUCAAGACAGACGUUGCGCAGCUGCGUGGCAUGGUGGGCCGUGACCAAGAGCUGGCGGCAGUCAUGCCACACGACGCAGUCCCGCAAAUAGUCCUCCAAAGGACGUUCUGGUCCGCCAAGCAGCGCCCGUCGUUUUUGACGUUGACGACAUGCCCCUGGCGCGCGACCGAGAAGAGGGCCAGCGGUACUUAAAGCGCGCCAAGAAAGACAAGCCGAGCACGUCGCCGACCGACAACGCCAUGCAAGACAAGUAGCUCCAAACUAAUUCUGCAAUCUACUCUAUUGAUUUGUCG